UGUCAUGUGACCUCAUUGUCCUGUAUGAGAUGAUGUCAUGGGACCUCAUUGUCAUGUAUGAGAUGAUGUCAUGUGACCUCAUUGUCCUGUAUGAGAUGAUGUCAUGUGACCUCAUUGUCCUGUAUAAGAUGAUGAUGUCAUGUGACAUGGGGCAUUAUCCUGCUGGAAGUAUCAUCAGAAGAUGGGUCCACUGUGGUCAUAAAGGGAUGGACAUGGUCAGUAACAAUACUCAGGUAGGCUGUGGGGUUUAUACCAGGGUCAACUAGUACUAAUGGGCCCGAAGUGCCCAGAAAAUGUCCCCCGCACCAUUACACCCCCACCAGCCUGACCCACUGAUACAAGGCUGGAGGGAUCCAUGCUCUAUGUUGUUUACACCAAAUUCUAACUCACAGCUGGAAUGGAGACUUAUCAGACCAGACAAUGUUCUUCCAUCUUCCAUUGUCUUAUUUUGGUGCCUCCGUGAAUUGUGGCCUCAGUUUCCUGUUCUUAGCUGACAGGAGUGGCCCCCGCUGUGGUCUUCGGUCCGCUGCUGUAGCCCAUCUGCUCCAAGCUUGAACGUUUUGUGCACUCAGAGAUGGUAUUCUACAGACCAUGGUUGUAACCAGUGGUUAUUUCAGUUACUGCUGAACCAGUCUGCCCAUUCUCCUCUGACCUCUAACAUGCAAAAAAACAUAUUCAUCCACACAUCUGCCCCUCACUGGAUAUUUUCUGUUUUUCCGACAAUUCUCUGUAAACCCUAGAGAUGGUUGUGCGUUAAAAUCCCAGGAGAUCAGCAGUUUGUGAAAUACUCAGACCGGCCCAUCUGGCCCCAACAACCAUGCCAUGUUCAAUGUAAUUUAAAUCCCCUUUCAUGCCCAUUUUGAUACUCGGAUUAAAACAUCAGCAGGUUGUCUUGACCGCGUCUACAUGCCAAAUACAUUGAGUUGCUGUAACAGUCUUACCGUAGAUGGCUGGGAAGUGGAUCCGCUGACCUGUGUGGACAAUGGCUGAACUGCACCAGGGAGCUGAGUCUAAGGUGCCACUGGUUUUAACCAGAGCCUGCCGCAAAGCGGGAUGGUCUUGCUGCGGCAGGCGGCACCCAGGUCGCUACCCCUGGCAGGAAGGAUGCCCAGAUGAACUUGGCACAGCGAAGAAGCGUAGUCGGAGGUAGCACGGGUCAGAAGGCAGGCAGCAAAGAAGCGUAGUCGGGGCAUAUGGUCAGUAGGCAGACGGCAAAGGAGCAAAGUCAGGUCAAAAGCUGGAGGUCAAGAACACUAAUAUGGCACAAACUCAGAAACUCUUUCUCUAGGGCACUAAGCACAAAGAUCUGGUACCAAAUUAGGGAGGUGCCGGACUAAUAUAGAGUCCGCCCAGAGAAGAACCAAUUAUGGGCGUACUGGCCUUUAAAAUUAGCAAAGCCGACACGCGCGCUCCCUAAGGGAAGGAGACAGAGGAACUGCUGGGCACAGAGCGAGGUGAGGGGAUGCUCGGGACUUGCAUGCGGACGCGUCCCGCAUAGCGAGUCCCGGAGCCACCACGGGCACAGGAUGGAGAGCGCUCACAGCCGCACGGAACGGCCAGAGGUUGCCCCUAGCACUGCGAGUCCCCGGACAGGCAGAAACGGGAGCGCUCACAGCCAGGAUGGAUGGCCGGAGCGCUGCCCCUAACAGUCGCUGGAAUGUGAUUUGCUAAUCCGCUAUAUGUGUUAACAAUAAAGUGUCCGUGAAGGAUCAGAUUUAUCUUCACUGUGUAAGAAGAACUGAACAGACUGGAAACGUAACACAAAAGAAAAAUCCCAACGUCUACAGUACACCUCCAGACUUUCCAGUGCAACAUGAAUCCUCCCCAAACCAGCUCCCGGAAAAACUCCGACCCCCUCUCUAUGAACGACUUCUGGUUAGAGGUGGAGAAUAUCAAACAGAUGCGGGGAUCUGAUGGGGAGGAAAGCAGUUCAUCGGAGCCCAGCACCCCAGAAGAGGGAGAAGCGGAAGCUGACUGGCUGCAGGACACCGGUCUCUCUCCUCUUAUUGGAGACCAAAGUCCUACAGAAGACAACGUCUUAAUCUUAUCAACUCUUACACGGACACAGACCGCGGCUGUGCAGCGCCGCCUAGACAGCUAUAGUCGAUCCCUCCGGAAACGUUCCAAACAACCGACACGUGAUGUCAGGGAUGUGUUCAACAGAGCUAGCCAGACUAAUAUUGUUUUGGAGGAGAAUGGAACAGAGGAAACAAAUGGAACGGAGGAAACUAAUGGAACAGAAGACACAAAUGGUUUUACGGAGGACACAACCAAAUCUCUUUCCAGUCUAGAUAGAGGCUCUGGGAGAUCUGAUGUCUACAAUAUGGAGGUGGCUUAUUCAGAACAAGCAGCAUUGGGUCACAAUGAGAAUUGCAAAACAGCCUGGCAACCGGACUCUUUACCUAAUUUUCAGAUACAGAAGGGAAGACUCGGUGUCACGCGAGUUUCCGACUUGUCGUCUCUCGAUAUGAAGCAGGUGCCUGCGCUUGCGCUGAUUGAACUGACUGCACUUUGUGAUGUUUUAGAACUGGAUCUGAAAAGGAAUAAAGCAGCCAAGCGUAGGUCCACAGAGAGUCGGUUAUUUGGAGUAUCUCUCACCUCUCUUCUGGAGCAAGAUCGGAAGCUGAUGUCCAACACACAGGUCCCGCUCAUCCUGCAGGCGGUUUUGAAUUGUCUAGAAAAGAAUGGUCUGGAGCUUCAGGGUAUAUUACGGAUCUGCGGCUCACAGGCUCGAAUGAAGACCCUACAGCAGCGCCUAGAGAGGAAUUUCUAUGCUGGCCUUUUCUCCUGGGAUGAAGUAAAUCCCCACGAUGCUGCGGGCCUCCUGAAGCUCUUCCUCCGAGAGCUGCCUUCCCCGCUGCUUACAGCUGAAUAUCUGCCUGCCUUCACCGCUGUACAGAAAAUCACGAAUUUAAAACAAAAACUCCAAGCCCUGAACCUGCUUAUCUUGGUCCUCCCAGAGGCGAAUCGCAACACCUUAAAGGCAUUGCUGGAGUUUCUCCGUAAAGUGGCUUCUCAUGAAAAACGCAACCUGAUGUCCCUGUGGAACAUUGCCACCAUCAUGGCACCUAACCUAUUUCUCUAUCGUGGAAGCGGUGGCAGGAGCCAAGAAGGUGGCGAGAAGCAGCAGGCAGAGGGGGUGGCUGGGCUGGUUAUGGCCAUGGUGCAUUACCAAGAUCUGUUAUGGACGGUUCCGACUUUCUUGCUGUCCCAAGUCCGUAAGCUGAAUGAGAACAGCACGAAGAGAUUCAAUGAACGCCGACUACUCAACUUCCUGCGCAAAAUCAACCUCGACAAGGAACGGCCAGAGAAGCAUCACUCAGAGCCGUGCAAACAAGUAAAAAUCCGAGCAUCCGUUUUUGUGAAGGACUCCUUGGCUAUUCAACUGAACAAGGGCACGCGAGCAGCAGACGUCUUAAGGAAAUUCCAGGAACACGUUAACCAUCGUAGCUGGCAAAUGGUCAGCACCAUGGGCCUGUUAAAAUGCAAUGGUAACUUUGCCUUUCCCAAUCUGGAGCUUUAUGAAGUUGGAGGAAAUAUUGGUGAACACUGCCUGGAUCCUGAUACCUACUUAUUGGACUUGUACAACGCCAAUCCUAAUGGCGAAUGGGUGAUCAAACAAAGCCCACCUACAACGCCUACUUUGUAGCGGGCCGGUUAUUGCUUUCCAAAAUGGUAAUGGAAUUGCAGAGCCCUGGAGAUUUGGAGCCCCCCCCCCCCCCCUCUCUCCGCUCUAUGAGACACGGAGUCUAAUCUAGCUGGGUUCUACAUAGACCGCCGCAAUGGCGCAUAAGAGAAGAUUUGCCGGCACAAGCCCUGGCCUAUACGUGCCUUGUUACAUCCUAAAUCUCAAAACCGAUGGAUGUUUUUUUUUGUUGUUUUUAUUUGUAAUGUUUUUUUUUUUUCCCUCAUGGCCGCACAUCAGGUUAGAAGCAUUCUGUCUUAAAUCGAAAAAUGUGAAUGGUUAAUUCGGGAUCAAGGGAGCGAUGAAGUUGCCCUUCGUGACCACCAGGGGGCACCUUCCUCCUGUUUAUUUUUUGUAUUUUGUACACCGUUUCUGACAUUCUGUCUCGCCCUGUACUGUAUACCAUGAUGUAUGUUUGUUCUAUAUAUGUGGAUACGGAGCUAGUCUCUUAUCCUUAUUGUUUUUUUUUUUGUUACAUAAAGUUUUUGCUACAUCUGUAUUUAAAACACAAUAAUUACCGUAAAUCAUAAAAUUAA